CAUAACAGUGUCCAUGAAAGAUGGCGUCACGGGAGCGAUGUGUUUAAAUAUGUUGCAUGUUGAUUGGAAAUAUUUUCGCUUUAGAUGUUGCUGGAUGUAGUGUAGAAUGUCAGAACAUAAAAGGACAUCUCUAACUACAAUUGGUACAAAUAAAAGAGAUAAGAAACCUAAACAGCAAUCGAAGACUUUGCGAUUUGUUCUCUCUUUGCCAGAACCGAACGAGGAGGCAUGUCCCGAGUUCAACUAUACUGAGUUGCUGAAAUCUGCAGAGAGAAAGGUCAAGGACAGCGUGGUUGCUGAAGGGCCGGAGCUGAAUGGUCUGGAUCCUUUGGCCGAGGAUGACGACGAGCAAGUGAGGCAGAUAGCUCGGCAUUUCGAGGCUAAGUAUGGCGGGAGUGGUAAAACUAAGCCUGGGCGCUUUGAAGACUACGUGGACGUGGGAGCAGGUUAUGAUGAAACAGAUUCUUUCAUCGACAACACGGAUGCGUAUGAUGAAUUUGUGCCUGAGGAGAUGACGACGGCACACGGUGGGUUCUACAUCAAUUGUGGCCCUCUUGAGUUCAGAAAGGUAGCGGACUAUUCAGAUGGCGAAGACAACUUGAAAGAUAACAAGCCUAAAAAAAUAAAACGGACGUUGAGUGCGGGUGAAGGAAAUGAGUCUGAUGGGAAAUCUAACUACGUUAACUGUGCAAAGAAGCCGAAGGUGGAAGGAGAUGACGUGGUGGUCAAGACGGAGGUGGCUAGGAAGAAGAUUGUAACGUUGGAGGAGCACGAGGCACAGCAGAAAAAGAAACGCAAGAAGCAGCACUUGAGUGCAGACGAGCUGCACAGGAAGAAGGCAGCUACUGUCAAGGAAUUGCUGAAGGAGAAGAGAGAGUUUCUGGAGAUGGACAAUAUUCCAUCAGGUCCUGAGGGUACUGAACCAAAGAAAUCCAUUCCAACCUUGGAUCCUGAUAGUCGAAUAAACUCAUCGAUUACAGAUGUUAUUGAGUCUGUGGUGAAUGCUGCUCAUGCAAAUGAAGACUCCAACAAAGAGAGUGAGGGCUCUUUCACGAAGUCUACACCUGGGUCAGUUGCCUCGGAUUCUGACAACAGCCAUGAUGGCCAAGGUCUUGAAGCAAGCGAGAAGGAAACUGGCGAGGCAAAAGAUGACUCAAAAUUACCAGACAACUUGUCGGACGAAUUGUACGAUUAUAUCGAAGCCUUGAAGAAGUCUGCUAAGUCGUCUGCUGAAGGAAAAUGCAAGUUUUUUUCUGCAGCCGUUAACAAUAUUCUUCUCAGGCUGGAGAAGGUGUGUCAGGAUCUCCCCUCCAGCACACGGCAUAACAUAUACGCCCACUUGAGCGCCCACCUCCCUUGCACCAAAGACACACUAAUGAAGAGGGCAAAGAAGCUGUAUUUGGAACAUCAAGAGGUGAAGAUCAGGAAACCUCUCACCAAGUUGAAAUUGGCAAUAGAUACUGCCAUGCCUACUGUGUUAGAAAGUUAUACUCGUGCUUGCCAGAAUGCCAUGGAAGAGAACCCACAAAUGUACUGGGAGUUGUAUAGGUACUACUGGUCUGCCGAGGAUUCAAACGGCAAUAGUGAGGGAACAGAUGCCAAGAAAGAUCCUGCAAAGUCCAAAAUUCCAAAGCGGAAGUUUCCUUGGACCGAGGAAAUUAAGGCGCUGUUGCGACAAGUGGUGCAGCAGAAGAUCCAGUGCCUGGCCGUGCUGCGGCCGCGGCGAGAGCUCCCCCAGGACGUGAUGAUGACCUUCCUGGAGAAGGAAGUGCGCGUGUUGUGGCCCCCGGGCUGGAUGAAGGUGUCGGCACUGCUGCACGUCUGUCAGGACAUCCUCGCGCACCCAGCGAGUAGAAUGAAGCGAGCACAUCAGGCUAUGAAGAAGCUACAUUCAGUUGGCACAUCUGUGUCACCAGUACCACCGCCACAGAUCAUGAGUCCAUCUAUGUCCAGGCCGAGUGGCAUGCCCCAAGUAUCUACCAUUUCAAGUGUCAGCGUCGUGAAGUCUGUCGGCACUCCUUCGCAAGGGCAGGUUGCCGUGACGUCCGUCUCCAACAUCGGAGCAAGGGUCGCAGCCUCGGCAGUUUCGGCGGCGCCCGCUACCAGCAAUAGCGCCGUGCCCCCAGCGUCUGUUUCGGUGACCUCCAGUGUUAGCCCAACAAAAUUCUUGAAAGCUUCUUCCGGCGUCUCUUUGUCGACGGUCGGUGUCUCCUCUUCCGUGCACUCGAACAGUGGUGCGUCUGUGGCGCAGACUGUGACUGUGGGUGCAGCGGCGAGACCCGUUGUCAAGAGCAGCAGUUCGGUGGUUUCUCCGUCUGUGCAAGUGACUCAGAGCAGCAGCAUGGGCAAGCCUGCCAAGAGUUUAUCACCAGUGGUGUCUUCCCAUGCUGUAUCGGUGACUCCGGUGGUGAAUUCGAACAAACACGCGAAAAAUGCUUCUUCAUUGCCGGUGUUUUCUCAGUUAAGUGCUAGUGUUUCUAUCACGCCCACUAUCUCGAGGACGAAAAGUGCUAUGCCUUUAGCUCCGUCCACCGUGCCCCCUCCCACCAACGUAAUGCUCAACAAGACUUUGUACGGAGAUGUCACGAUUACCAAGACAUCUAACAUAGUGGAAAAAAUUAUAGAGCAGUCGUUGGCUCACAGUUCUGCGGCAAACUCGAAACCAAAGCGUAGUGGUUCACCUGUCACCUUGGACCUUUCUCCCAGUCGGAUGAACAGGACUCCAUCUCCGGUUGUCAGCGUGGGCAACUCAAGUAAGACUAAAGGUGCUGUUGACCUUAGUGUAAAUAAAACAUCGCCUCCGAGUGCGUCCAAGUCUUCGUCCCCAUCCCUGUCGUUGAACAUUCCCGACUGCAUCAGUGUCUUACCGUCUUCACAGUCGUCUGCUCCCAGCGCCAGCUCGUCGCCCAUGCUCACGGUCACUCCAAAGUCGCACGUCAGUCUCAAGCAGAGAAUACUGAAGGAGACCGCUGCGGAAGCGUCUGGCGGAGAAGACGACGGCGUGAAAGUGAUCGAAAUAAGGACUCUGCCCAAAGGCUUGGAUGCUAAUCUGAAAAAUUCAAGUGCAAAGCCUCGGUCAAAGAGAGUAGAACACACUGCCACACCCAAGACUGAACCCAAUACGGUUAGUGAUGGUUCGAGACCUAACAUAGUUAGUAGUAGCGGUUCAAAAGAAGAACCAACAAUGUCUGAGAAAGAAGCGGAGAUAAGGCGUAAUGAACAGGAAACUGAGGCAGCAACAGAUAUCUUGAGCCAGCUGAUCAAUGAGUCUCUGACGGGAGGUGCCAGCAGUGAACAGGUAGUGGAAUCCCCGCUCGACGGCACGGAAGAGUCGUCGCCGGCGUCACGGCCGGGAGGCCGGGACCCGCCCCAGCCAGCGGACGCGGAGAAGUCCGUGCAGCUGGAGAUGGCGCGCGUCAUGGAAAAGCUCAUGGAGCUGCGGAACGCGGCGGGCGAGCCGGCUGGGGAGGCGAUGGGAAGCGCGGACCCCGCGAAGCAGGAAGCCCUGCGCCUGUCUGCCAAGAGCAAGGAGGGCGGGGUCUCCUCGAAGCGCGUCGACGCAGCGCAGAGGCGGGUCUCGCGGGGCGGCUUCCAAGAGGAGUUUCAGAAGCACGUGAUGAAGCGGGAGGAAGAAAACAGCCUGCUGGACUCCGGAACACACCCGAGCGCCGCGCCUGCUCGCAAUUCAAACUCCCAAAUAAACGAUCAAGCUUUAUCUGAUGAAUGUGCAGAUACCCACUCUACCAACCCUAGUGUGCCGAAGGCAAUGCCUGCCAUGAUGCCUUGCUCUGAAAUGGCAAAUGCAUGGUCUGGAAGUGGGGAUGUAGAUGCUCACACUGGCUUCCAUUUCUUGGGUCAACUGUUUGGAGACAAGUUUCCUCCUGCCCACACUUCUAAAGCAGGCUCAAAUCAGCAUUCCUCUUCAUAAUGCAUCUGCCACUUCUACAAGUAUUUACUGCCAGUGUGGAUCGGCCAUCAUAAUCAUGUAUUGUGUAUAUGUAAAUAGUUUUAUCAAGUGCCAAGGAACCACAUGAUUAUUGAUUUUUCAAUUUUAGUAGUUUGGUAAUUUUAGUGAAUGUUGUUGAAAGAAGCGUGUAAAGUAUUUGGCGAUAAUUUCGAGACUUUUUUGAUUACCGAAACAGUUUUUGUUACAAACAUGUAUAUUAUAUUGAUUUCAGUUUUAUAUUAUACAGAAAUACCAAUCGUUAUAGUGAACUUAAUGGUAAAUAUAGUGAUGUAUUUAUAUUUGGCAUAAAAAAGCUGCUCGUAUGUAUGUUUUGCAAUAAAAUCACAGAUUUUAAUAUAGAUCAGUAGUACCACAGUUUUUCUUGAUAUGUGUACUUAUCAGAACAUGUUUGUGCAAGUGCAAUACUUUAGAUUAUAUUAUGGCUAGUAUUAUUUUUAAUGAUUUAUACUGUUUAGCUGUAGGAAUUAUAAAGAUUAUCAAGCCCAGCUUAUCUUAUAUCAAAUUUAUUAAGCAUUUGAUAGCAAUGCCUGUAGCAUUUAAAGAAUUUGUGAUAGUUUUACAAAUUAUGUUUUCAUGAGGGAAAUGUGAUAAAAAAAAACCAGUAUUAAUUACAGUGAGGAGUGAUAUAGCAGAUAACGUAUAAAGCUUGUACUAUAUUAAUUUUAAAGAUAGUAAUUUGUUUGUUAAUGUGUUGUUAAAGGGUACAUAUGAAAGUAUGGCAAAUACCAUUUUAGCCUUUAUUUUUUCCCUGCACAUAAUUUUAAAUAAUGUUUAUAAAAUACACAGUAAAAUUUUGACUGUGGCAACUUUGUGAAGAAUAAUUUAGCCAUUAAUUUGUAUUAUACCUAUAUAAGCACAAAAGUUUUAACACUUAUCUUAAAAAAUUUAUGUAUUUGGUACAAUAUUUAUGUUUUGUGUUUCUUUUCUUUCAUAUAUUUAGUUAAACUAUUAUGUGCUUGAGAAAAACAAGCAAAAAUCUUGUAAUACAGGGGGUUUUUAAUUACAAAAAUUUAACUUAACAGAUCAAUUUUUAUAUAUUUUACUUUUGAAGAAAAUCAUUGAAGCAUGUUUUCUUCCUUACAUUUUAUAACCAAAAUCAUGGAUUAAAAAAAAUAUAUAUAUAUAUUUUUUUUUUAAACGAGAGAGGUUUCUCCUUUUGUACAUUAUGCAAUCUACAAGUGACUGACAAUCUCAUACCCAUUACUGAAAUUUGCAUUUUGAAAUCAGAUGUUAAAGACUUUUAAAUCUUUCAAAAAAAAGUUUUUAAAGGUAACAGCAGAUUUUGUUUUGAAUUCAUUUGUCUUUCCUUGAAAGUUUGUGUUAUUAUGAAUUUUAAUUCUGCUAGUGAAAGGUUCUACUUGUUUUAUUACAUUUUUUUUU